AUGCCCGACUCCGAGGGCAAGCGGAAGCGCCGGCGACGUGCAAAGGCAAAGGGGCUCGGCCCCGCGAGACCACCACCAAGGGUCGUCGCGGAGCAUGUUGUCCAGGCUCAACCACAGCAGUCGGGAGGCCAACCCAAGCAGCCCAAGCAGCCCAAACAGCCCAAACAGCCCAAACAGCCCAAGCCAAGGCCCAAGCGCUUCAACCCGGUUCACUCCGCCCGAGCGCGUGAGUACAUCGCACAAGCAGCCAAGACGGACCGGCACGCGCUGCACAUUGCGGCCCCCUCGGAAUGUGACCCGGCCGAGAUUCAGGCCUGUAUGGCAUGUCAGCGAUCCGCAAACGCCCAGGCCGAGCUCAUCAGCAUCAAGCUCCGCGUGAUGGCGCGUCAUGGGGUCGGCACACGCGUUGCUGCGCUCAAGAAGCUGCGGGGGAGCGGGGCUACGCCGCCCGUCUCUGGCGGGGGGACCCAUAGUGCCGUCGCGUGGAGACGGGCUCGGCGGCGCCCACGGCCUAGUCCGCUCGGGCCUAAUCACGAGAAGGAUCCUGAGAGGAAGAAGCGGAGAGAGGAGGAAGAGCGGCGAAGGAAGGUCGAAGAGAGGUGGCGCGAGAGGGUGAGGGAGAAGGUUGCUGAGGCUCGGAAAGAAGCGCGGAGCAGAGGGGAGAUCGUCCGCCGCACGCUCGUCAAGCUGGGGUAUAUGCAGGACACCGAACGGACGAACGGAGGGAGGAACACUUCCGACGACAUGGAAGACGAGGACGAACACGGGGCCGCCAGUGAUACCCGCCGCGAUGCCGGUCCCGACGACGCUGGUCCCUCCCGACAGCCUGUGCUCGACAUCGACAACCUGCCUGAGCCCGAGAUCGACCCGGCCCUCGCGGCUAUGGACGCGGCCGGCGCCCUCGACCUGCUCCCGGCGAAAUCCGCACAUGUGGCCUCGAUGGUGCGCGUCUCGGGGGCUUUGGACGACGAAGAUGAUCCGGAACAAACUGGCGAGGGCGACUACAGUGGUCAUGAGCCAACUUCCGACGAUGAAGGCGACGAUGGAGAUGACGAUGAAGGUGACGAUGAAGACGCACCAGAGCAGAACCCUUCCCCGGACGAGCCAGAAACCAACCCAGCAGAUGGCCCAGAGACGCUCGAAGCCGCCGUCGCACGCGACUUCGACACCGUGGCGGCCGCACGCGCCCGCGCCCGCGCCAAGGCCGCGAACAUGACGUCCACGGUUUCCGACCGCGUGCGGUUGGGAUGGGAGAAGCGCCGGCGCGACAUCCGUGCAGCCGAGAACGUCGCUGCAUACAUGGAUCUGCAGGAGCUGGCUGGGGCGCAGCUCAAGUCGAUCCUCAAGACUAGUGUACGGAAAAGGAGGUCCCGGAAGACUGCAGAGAGACCCCCCAAACCAGCGCGCAAAGUGACUUUCGCACCCGUUGUGCGCGUGUAUAGCCUCAAUGAGAACGAGGACCUCGAUUACCCGCACCCCACCCUCUGUUCGGCCAUCGAGGGAUACGCGCGGGCCUUCUAUAUGGAAGCGGGGGCGAUGCAGCCCGCGCGGAAGCAGAAGCCAAAGGAGAUGGUGCCGGGGAUGGUGUCCAAGCGGCGCGAGUCGAUGUGGGAUCGGGAGCGGCGGCGCGAAUUGGAGGAGGCAGGAGUGUGGGAUGAGGCGCGGGCGCAGGAGCAGCAGAGGGAGAUGGAGAAGGAGAAGGGAAAGGGAAAGGAGAAGGACGACGGCAAGGUGAAGCGGAAGAGGGAGGUGAACGGGCCGUAUAUCAACCGCGACAUGACCGACGCGUUUGACGGUACGGCACUACUUCAUCUCGCAAUCCUGAUGGAGGAGUACAUGGCGUACCAGCUGCGCCAGGUGGGUUGGAAGAAGAGCGAGAGGCGGAACGAGGGUGAUAUCGCCAAGGUUCCCGCAAACGUUCCCACAAACGUGUUGGACCCGAACGCGCCACCGGAUCCGCAACGCGUGUUCUACGCCGACGUGGAUGGAGAGGAGCGCGUUGCGCAGGCUAAGGCAGCUCAGGUGGCCAAGACGCGCCGAAAGGUGCGAUUCGCGAGCAGCAAGAAUUCCAAGGCGAAGCAGCCGAUGCCCGAGAUCCCGACGAUCGUGCUCAGCGACAGUAGCGACGAGUAG